UCCGAAUCGCCACGGCAGCGUUCUGGACUGCUGAGGCGGAGCCGGCCGAGCGGGGCCCAAUGGAGGGCUGAGGCCGGGGCCUGCGUCCCUAGCCUCCGCUCCACCCCCUGCCGUUACCCUGAGAGGAGGAGCCGCCGCCGCCGCCUGCUCCGACUAGCCAUCCGAACUGGUGAACGGCCGCCAGUUCACGGUCUGGCUGCUCGUCUCAGUCCCAGAAGACGCCACCAUGUGCGGCAUCUUUGCUUACCUCAACUACCAUGUGCCCCGGACAAGACGAGAGAUCCUGGAGACCCUUAUUAAGGGGCUCCAGAGACUAGAGUAUAGAGGAUAUGAUUCUGCUGGAGUUGGAAUUGAUGGAGGUAAUGAUAAAGAUUGGGAGGCAAAUGCCUGCAAAAUUACACUCAUCAAAAAGAAGGGGAAAGUGAAGGCUUUGGAUGAAGAAGUGAACAAACAACAAGAUAUAGACUUGGACAUUGAAUUUGAUGUACAUCUUGGAAUUGCCCAUACUCGAUGGGCCACCCAUGGGGAACCCAACCCAGUGAACAGCCAUCCACAGCGCUCAGAUAAAAACAAUGAAUUUAUUGUUAUUCACAAUGGCAUUAUUACAAACUACAAAGACCUGAAAAAAUUCUUGGAAAGCAAAGGGUAUGAAUUUGAGUCUGAGACUGAUACAGAAACGAUUGCUAAGCUUGUCAAGUACAUGUAUGACAACCGUGAAAGUGAUGAUAUCAGUUUUACCACUUUAGUAGAAAGAGUCAUCCAGCAGCUGGAAGGUGCAUUUGCUCUUGUAUUCAAAAGUGUUCACUAUCCUGGUCAAGCAGUUGGUACCAGAAGGGGAAGUCCCUUGCUCAUUGGUGUGCGAAGCGAGCACAAGCUUUCUACUGACCACAUUCCAGUAUUGUACAGAACAGCCACACAAUGUGUAGAUUAUUCUUUUGAUGGAAUAUCCAUAAAACGGGAGGAAGGUAAAGACAAGAAAGGAAGCUGCAGCCUCUCCCGUGUUGACAGCACCACCUGCCUUUUUCCAGUUGAAGAGAAAGCCGUGGAAUAUUACUUUGCAUCCGAUGCCAGUGCAGUUAUUGAACACACCAACAGAGUGAUUUUUCUAGAAGAUGAUGAUGUGGCAGCUGUUGUGGACGGCCGUCUCUCCAUCCAUCGAAUCAAACGCACAGCUGGUGAUCAUCCUGGCCGUGCUGUUCAGACCUUGCAGAUGGAACUUCAGCAGAUCAUGAAGGGUAACUUCAGCUCAUUUAUGCAGAAGGAAAUUUUUGAGCAGCCAGAAUCUGUUGUUAACACCAUGAGAGGAAGAGUCAACUUUGAUGACUACACUGUUAAUCUUGGGGGCUUGAAAGAUCACAUUAAGGAGAUCCAGAGGUGCCGUCGUCUGAUCCUUAUUGCUUGUGGGACGAGUUACCAUGCUGGUGUUGCAACACGUCAAGUGCUGGAAGAAUUGACUGAAUUGCCUGUCAUGGUGGAACUUGCCAGUGACUUCUUAGACAGAAACACUCCAGUCUUUAGAGAUGAUGUAUGCUUUUUCAUUAGCCAGUCAGGUGAGACCGCAGACACCUUGAUGGCCCUUCGGUACUGUAAAGAAAGAGGAGCUCUCACUGUAGGAAUCACAAAUACUGUCGGUAGCUCCAUAUCCCGGGAGACAGACUGUGGAGUGCAUAUCAAUGCUGGGCCAGAGAUUGGUGUUGCCAGCACAAAGGCCUACACAAGCCAAUUUGUUUCGCUAGUAAUGUUCGCUCUCAUGAUGUGUGAUGAUAGAAUUUCUAUGCAAGAAAGACGGAAAGAAAUAAUGCGAGGCCUCAAGCUAUUGCCAGACUUGAUUAAGGAAGUGCUGAGCAUGGAUGAUGAGAUCCAGAAACUGGCCACAGAGCUUUACCAUCAGAAGUCUGUCCUCAUUAUGGGUCGUGGCUAUCACUAUGCAACAUGCCUGGAAGGUGCUCUGAAAAUCAAAGAGAUCACCUAUAUGCAUUCAGAAGGUAUUCUGGCGGGUGAGCUGAAGCAUGGACCGCUUGCACUGGUAGACAAGCUGAUGCCUGUAAUCAUGAUCAUCAUGAGGGACAACACGUAUGCCAAGUGCCAAAAUGCUUUGCAGCAAGUUAUGGCUCGGCAGGGGCGACCUGUUGUGAUUUGCGACAAGGAAGAUAUUGAGACCAUCAAAAACAAUAAGCGAACAAUCAAAGUCCCUCACUCUGUGGACUGUCUCCAGGGAAUCCUGAGUGUUAUCCCUUUACAGCUUCUGGCAUUCCACCUUGCAGUCCUCAGGGGCUAUGAUGUUGACUUUCCAAGAAAUCUUGCCAAAUCAGUUACAGUUGAAUAGAAUACCUCUCACUCAUCAAGGAUUUUAUCAGAGGUCAGCGAGAGAGACUCUUUUCCUUUUUGAUUCUGAAGGACGUUGAUUUUAAAAGACCCCUUGUUCAGAUCUUGUUCCCUUUGUACAAUAAUCUUUAAUUCUGUUGCAUUUGUGACAGUUAAAAGUUGAAUCUGUAGCUAUGCCAAUAGCACUGUUGAGUGAUAAUUUCGAAGUAGUUUUCUCUUUAGCAAAGAAAAAAAAGCUUGGUGAAGUUGUUCAUGCCCUCCCUUGUGAGAGAGAAUUGCAUCGCUACUGCAUUAGCUGUAGUACUUUUGGACUGCUAAGAUCUUUUGAAGAAGGAAUUUGGUAAAGAAUUAACUCUAGAACUCUCAGAUACUCUACUCGCUGUCACCAUGUGGGACUGACUUGAAGGGCUUCUCAUGGUUAUGGACUCCUGCACUCCCAAGCUUCCAGCAAUAAAGAUUCAUGCAGCUUGCUGAGAGAAGUGCGGUGGCUGUGAUUCCUCACAAAUGGAUGCUUUCAGUCAGCCUGGUUCUGCAUGGAUCCACUGUACAUUGAGAGAAAAUAAAACCAACUGUACUAGACAGAAGUACUCCAAGCCCUCAGAAGGAGCUUUGCCUGGGUGUGCCUACAGAGUCUUGGCUGAGGGCUAAUUUCUGUGUUCAUUUUUUGAUGUAGCAAAGCCACCUUAAGGUGGCUUGCUGUAGUCAUUGUGAGAUGGGGAGAUGAAAUCAGCAUAUGCCCCCCAGAGUAAUCUUUGGCUUUUAUGGAGCUUCUUUUGCAACAAGGACUUCAUGUGCAUUCAGAAGAAAUAUUGUCGGUGCAGUGAUUUUUGCUGCAUGUUCAGGUAACACUGGAAUUUUGCCAAGUGUCUUGGUCCACACAAAAGAAAUCUGCUAUUGGUAGUGAAAUUAUUCCAAAUGUUUUGUGUCAGCACUGCCUAUCCUUUACAGCUCUGUGCUAAAUUAUCUUGCCUCCUUAAAUCUAUAAGUAUAUUGCAGUGAUCCAAGAUCAAUCUUUGUCAGCAGUGGCUUAGGUCAGGCUGCUGUUUUCCAUCAUCUGUGAAGAGGGAAGGGGUGUUUACAGGGUAGGUGAUGAAACUAGUGCUUCACCAAAGUGGGAGAUGGUGGUGGCACUUGCUAAAAUUAUUCUCUCCAGAGUCCUUUGCCAGUUGUAUGGAAGAAGACAAUGCCUCCCUAAUUUUUCAGGUAACAGGACUGGACCAUGUUGUCCUGCUGCCCAUACUUUCAGCAAGCGUUACCAGGACAGUAGGCUCACAGGGGAUCCCAUGUUCUCUACACCAUCAAAUUGGUUGAGAUUGUGUAAUGAUUGAGAGAAACCUUAAGAAGGGGGGGGGGGGAGUCCUUUCAACAGGAAAGGUGCCCAGUUGACCAAUGGAGAUUUUAACAGUAAACAUUUCUGGUGUGCUGCUAUGUAUAGUUUUUUCUCUGUAAGACUUAAGAGUCUGCAAAGUUUAAAUGAUGUUGGACAUCCAGCUGGUCAAAGAAUGGGAGGUGUAGGAAACGUACUUCCUUCACUUUUCCAAAAGUGAGGAAACAGACUUCAGACACUGCUAAUCUAGUCAGUGGGGAACAAGUUAAUAUUGUCUUCAAAAGAGAACAGAUGCACAUUUUUCCAGUUACUGCUGAUAGUAAAGUAGACAAGAGGGGUUAAAGAUAUUUAAAUAUAUGCUGUAGUGCUGCAGGAUAAAGAGAGAAAUGCAAUAUAAUAGGAGGACCAAAGACAACCUGUAGAAAAGAGAGCUGCAGCAGGGCUGUCCAGUUCUGAAACUCAUUAAGAAAUAUGCAAACAUGACAAACCUAGGCUCUUUAAAGGACCAGACUAUGCCUUCCUCGGCACCUGAAUGGUGUCAUCUGUGACUUGACGCAUGUUGUCUCUCCGUCAGUUAGGGAAACCUUGUAAGAUUCAGUGUCAAAACACUGGUGAGGCAAAGUAGAGAGGAAGGUUGUAAACACCAUCCCUUUGGACUACUGCUUUCCCUGUUGUAACUGAAGGGUGGAGGAAGUGCAAGCUGUCCAGAAAUGAGACAAAAAACUUUGACAAACAAGAAAUAAUACUCCUGAAGCCUUCUUGUCACAACCAUUAUGUGGGUCUUUUUUCACCACUUUGUACAGUGAUGGGGAACAACAGUCAAUCUAUUAUGUCUCCUUCACUGUCCAUUAACGGGAAUCUAUCUGAUCAAGGUUGGCAGGAUGUGGUCCAUGUAACGUCUUUGUGGACAUUUAACAACAGUCAUGAAUUCUCAUGUUCAGCCUUCAUUGUAUUUGCCAGAAAUGAAAUGUUGCCUGCCAUUCAAUUAAAUAUUAAAAAUACAGUUGAAUGCUGGAUAACCAUAUGUAAUUUUCAGAUUGUCAGAUCAUAGUGCAAAUGUGUGGCAUCUAAAGUCAAAGUGCUGGAAUUCUUUCCUUCUGGAUAGUAAUUUGAUACACAGCUGAACUUCUGGUAGGACAGCCUAGGCAAAGGGUGUGAGUAGUUAUACCUUUUUAAAAAGGUGUCUUCCUAUUUGUUGGGACUAAUAGAAGGCCUUGCUAAGAUGGGAUGUACAACUAAACUACUGUCUUGGAGAAUCCCUGUUGCAAAUGACCCCAAUGGGAGAGGCUUCUUUUUGGAUGUAUGUGGAAGUCAUCAUUCCAUUUCUGUUUAAAUGUAUUAGAGAAACCUCAGUCCAAGAUGGGCAGUUCAGACCUCAUAGGGACAAAAAUUUUCAGUAAGUGACAUUUUAUGUUGCUGGGAGUGAUGUAAGAGGAAAGAUUUGAGAAAGUGCAGGCUGCUGAUCUUCCCUGGUAUCACUUUUCCAUGUGAGGUUCCCUUCUUGUUUUGUACACUGCAAGCACAGGAGUUAGGAAGUCUGUGAAACAGGUGAAUUCAAGGAACUCAACAAUUCACCAUAGCUUGGACAUUAGUGCAUUUGUUGUAGCAAUGACUGAAGCCUUUGUUAGAUACCAGUGGUCUUGUGUUUUUCUCCUGAUGAAUACAACUGACAUACCUGACUACUAGCCCUUAUCUGAAAAUGUUGAAUAAAGAUAGUUGGUGUAGGUUGGCAAAUGUAAGGGCCCCCUUUAUCUGCUUGUUCUCCUUUUGAAACAUACAACUCAUCUCGGUUUAUGGGACCAUUCUGUAUUUGUUUUGUGCUGUUUACUCCAUAUGGUUUUAACUUUGUCAGUAGAUGUCUGUUGAUUACAUUUUUGUUUCUUGGCUUACCUUUUUUUGCAUCUUGCCCUUUGAAUAAAAAGACAUGUCCAGCCUAACCUUGA